AUGAAAUUGGUUUACUUAUUCUCUUUAUUAGCAGCUACCACAGCUGCUGAAGUUCAAAUUGAAAAAAUUGAAUCCAACAGUUGUUCCAGACCCACAAGAAACGGUGACAUGAUAAGUGUUCACUAUACUGGUAGUUUGGAGGAUGGAACUAAGUUCGACUCCUCAUAUGACAGAAACUCCCCUCUUUCCUUUCCAUUAGGUGCUGGAAGAGUUAUUCAAGGAUGGGAACAAGGUUUGCUUGAUAUGUGUCCAGGUGACAAGAGAAAGUUGACUAUCCCUCCAGAAUUAGGCUAUGGGUCCAGAGGUAUCGGCCCAAUUCCAGGUAAUGCGGUUUUGAUUUUCGAAACCGAAUUGGUAGAAAUUGCAGGUGUUGAUAAAGACGAAUUAUAG